GUAAUUUGUCAGGACUUCCGGAAGUGUCAAGUUACGAACGAUGUUGGAGAGUUCGGAGCGAUGGAUUUCCUCAACAGCUGGUUUCGGACGGGAUUUCUGCACAGAACUGGGCUCAGACGACUUCCAAGACUCUCACAGAUGAACUGGACUGGUACCCUGUUCCUCCUAGCGACCCUAUGGACUCUCGGAAGUACCCAGGAGCCUCUCUCCUCCACAACGGUGGUUCUCGUGGGUUACCCCGCCGUGCUGUCCUGCGGCUACGCCUCGGAGCAGCCGCCCGCCUCCGUGGACUGGUACCGGCUGGAGGGGCUCGACGCAGACCAGGAGAGAACACACCUGCUGUACCACGACAGCAACAGUGGGACAUUCGCUUUCGGCAACUACUCAGACCGAGCCACAGUUGUGGACGAUGCCAACCUCAGACUGGACACAGUUUACAUGUCAGAUAACGGAGACUACGAGUGUGAAGUUCCUACAACAGAAGACUACGACACCUUCUUGUCAAAAGUGCGCCUCCAGGUUUUAGAGUCCCCUGACGGCCCCAGGAUUACGGGUUAUUCUCCUCCACUGUUGGCCGGGCAGACUCUACAUUUACGGUGUGAGUCCCAGAUCGUAGGCGAUGUCCGCCCCACGCUGGUGUGGUACAAUGGUUCCCAGGAGCUGUCCAGAGUCGAGCCGUCUGUCUGGCAGCCAGACACGACGACCGCGGUGCUGAACUACGUGCUGGACGUCUCCAAGUACGACAACGCGAAGCCGUACCGCUGCCAGGCGAUGUACCGAGGGCCCGUCGGCGUCCGGGAGCAGAAAGUCACGCUGGAUAUCAGAUACGCCCCCACCACCCACAUGACAUACCCCCUGGGUACCCAGGUGCGGGAGGGGGACGAUGUGCUCCUGAGGUGCGGGGUCGACAGCAACCCUCCGUCUACUGUCAGCUGGGAGAGGCUGGAAGGGGCCAUGCCUCCCAACCACAAGCUGUACGAAGAGCACCACCUGUUGAGAAUAGUUGGUAUCACACGGCAGUUCCACGGGACGUACCAGUGCAAGGCAGAGAACAGCCUCGGCAUCAGCACCACCUCUGUCAGACUGGACAUCCUCUAUGCCCCUUCAAUAGCACGGCAAGUCUGGAACACAGCAGAAGCACUCGUCGGAGAAAACUUCACCCGCACUUGUGUCGCCGAUGGCAACCCGACCCCCUCCGUCAGGUGGAGCCGCGAUGGUUCUGAAGAGGUUUACGACGACCCCCUGUUCUUCUCCAGUAUCAACUUCACCGAUGACGGGUCCUACAUCUGCAGGGCGAGGUCAUCUAUACCAAACUUCCCCGACUCCACUGCCAAGUUCAGGCUGGAUGUCAAAGGCCCCCCUCAGAUCGUGAAACAGAACACCAUCUUCUCGGCAAAAGAGAAUGGCAGCGUGACGUUGGAGUGCGAGGUCGAGUCUGACCCGCCCGCCACCAGGGUCGCCUGGAAGUGGGAGAGCAACUCCAUCGAGAGCGGAACGGUUGGGCGUUACUCAGUUCGCCAGAAGGAGACCCCGACCAGCAUCCUGAGCACCCUCACCAUCAAGUCUGUGCAGGCCUCGGACUUCCGCAGCUAUCAGUGCCUGGCUGUCAACGUGCACGGGGAGGAGACACAGGUCAUCGUACUGGAGAGGGCCACGGCGCCUCCGCCCCAGCCCAUCCCCCUGGUAGCCAUCGUCCUGCCCGUGAUUCUGGUCUUCUUCAUGGUCGUCCUGGGCCUGUUGUACUACCUACGCAAGUACUGGCAACGGAAACUACCUUGGACACCCAAGUACCUAAAGAACAAGGAUAUGGAGAUGAGGGCCAUUGAGGAUGACUACCUGCCCCCUAUAGCUCAGGACUCGGCCUCACCCAUGCCUCUUCUACCAGGGGAUGAUCCCUCUAACUACUACCAGGAGCCUGACCUGAUCCGGGACCUGGAGUUUCCGCGGGACAAACUGUCGCUGGAGCGGGUGCUGGGGCGGGGGAACUUCGGCCAGGUCAUCAAGGCCAAGGCUCAGGGGGUGGGGGGCGCAGACAAGCCCAUGACUGUGGCAGUCAAGACUACCAAAGAUGGAUCGUCAGCUGAUGCUAAGGAGGACCUCCUGAAGGAGCUGAAGAUGAUGAAACUGAUCCCGCCUCAUCCAAACGUUGUCAUGCUUAUAGGCUACUGCACUAAAACAGAGCCUGUAUAUGUGAUAGUGGAAUACUGCGCCCUGGGCAACCUGCAGAACUUCCUGAGGAAAUGCCGCAGUAAACGAGACUCGACGUACGCCAACAUCCAGGUCGACGAGAGGUUACUGACCCCCCGUGACCUCGCCUCCUUUAUAUGGCAGAUCGCCAGAGGAAUGGCGCAUGUAGCAUCACUCAAGAUUGUCCACAGAGAUUUAGCCAGUAGAAACGUGUUGAUAGACAAGAACAAAGUGUGCAAAAUCUCAGACUUCGGGCUGUCCAGAGAUGUGUAUGAUACAGACAACGAGGAGUACGAACAGAAAACACAGGGCCGCCUGCCCCUCAGAUGGAUGGCGCCAGAGUCCCUGUUUGACCACGUGUACUCCGUCAAGUCCGAUGUCUGGUCAUUCGGGAUCACCAUGUGGGAAGUCCUCACAUUAGCGUGCACCCCCUACCCCGGCCUGUCCCCCCCUGCGAUGAUGGAGAGACUCAGGAACGGCUUCAGGAUGAGCAAACCUGUCCACUGUAACGACGAAGUUUAUGACAUCAUGAGAAAGUGCUGGGAAGAUGACCCAGAGGACAGACCGACCUUCAUCGACCUGGUCAGACUGUUGGAGGAUGUCAUCACCAAGGCUGAGGAGUUCAUCCACCUGCAUGAGAUCCCAGCCGUCAUGUUUGAAAUGUCAAUCUAAACGUCAAACCCACAAAUGCACAACUAACAAGAUUUCAUAAAGAUAGAUGAAAUUCCCGCUGCCAUGUAUGACGAGUCAAACUCCAAGAAAUCCAAACAGGAAAAGUGCUAGGGCCAUCCUGAACACCCCUUUUCAGCAAUGGACUGCUCCACAUUCUGGCAAGUCUGACAGAACCAUGCUAGAAAUUAGGACUUCACCACUUUUUAUCGGGGGUGUCAAGAAUCAGCUAUUCCAUGGUUUAUGUUGGAUACACCAUCUCACAAGUGUACCUAUAGAAGACCAAGAUCACUCAUCUUGUUAAGAUAGAUAGCACUUACAAUUCAAUGUUUUUCCAGUGAAAUCAAAGGCAUUUCUCUUACAAAUAUGAAAGGUCUAUCAGCGCUAAAACUUUGACACUUUCAAAUUGGUUGCAGAUGUGCAUCUGUCAUUAUGCAGUUAAGUUUCUCCCUAUUUGGGACACACCAAUGUAGUGAAUUGGUUCUUGGAAUUGCCCGGUCCUAUUUUUCAAAUAAAAAAUAAA